ACUUGGCCUAUCAGAGAGGCCUGGAAGGUUCAGCUUUAUGAUGAUCGGAAGAUAAGGAUGGUCCUCUACCAGUCAAGCAGUCACUGCCCAUUUCCCUCUAAGCUACCAAAAUGCCGAUGAACUCUCUUCCGACGGCUAUUUUGGCUCACAUGGUAGCCAUUAACAACGUGCCUCCGCCUCCGCUUCGCAACAUACCAGGCCUGAAACUAAACAAGACCAUUAAUUAUGGUCAGUUGAAUGCCUUAUGCCACAUUAGAGGACUACAGAGCAGCCGACAUUCCUCCUUUAAUUUGACAGCUCACAAUACAUUCAUCAAGCAAUAUCCUCAAAUAUUCUUGCAUGAAAAAACAGUAUUUCCUAAAAUUUUCCAGCAGGAUGAAAAAAGAAUGUGGAGUGGAAAGACAGAGGAAAAGAAACCCCAACGUGAUUACGCACACAACAUAUCUGUGUAUGCCAGACAAGCACGUGGUGGCCCUAUUCUUCAUGAAGAAGAAAGAGCUACAUUGAAGUUUAAACAGUUCCUAGAUACCUUAAAGAAACUGCCAGUUCACAGAACAAUCCAUGAACAGAACAUUGUGUGGAGGAUGCUGAAGAAAAUUCCACUAUUAUCCUCUCAACUCAGUGAUGAACAACUGAAAAUCCUGAGUAGAAAUGUCGUUUCUGAAACCUGGACCAAAGGAAGCAUAGUGAUUGGUGAUGAUGGACUUUAUAUCAUACUGAAGGGUCUUGCUCGACCUCAGGUAAAGGUAUUAAGAAGUCUGACUGAUGAUGAAGACUCGGUUAUCUCUUCAAUAUCCAGAGAAAGCCUUGUUUUUGAUGCACAGUUGAAAGACUCCACAGUGGCUGAGAUAUACCUGCCUUCACCGCAGUUAGUGCUGAAAAAGUGGAGUACCUUUGGCUCACUGGAAGUUAUGUCUGAGACUGAAAUGGAUAAAACUCUACGUUCAGUGGUGACCGAAGAGGACUGUGAAAUCCUUAAAAUUCCUGCAAAGGAGUUUGAGAAGUUAAAAUUGGAAAAAGUAAAGCGUGAUAAUGUGCAAAAGUUGAAAUUAAUUCACAAAUGUCCUUUUUACGAAAACUGGCCUACUUUAUCCAUAUGCGAACUAGUUUCACUUAGUAAAUGGAAAAUAUUUCCUCCAGGUCAUGUGUUAGUGGAAAGUGGAACUGUCAUUUCAUUUGUGGGUUUUAUUAAUUCUGGAUAUUGUAACAUUUAUAGAAAUGUUGUGGGUCUCAUGAGCCUACGAUUAAACAAAAUGAAAAAGGUUAAAAAGCUUGUGUACAUGGGUAAACUCAGGGAGAAGCAAUCCUUUGGUGAGAUCAGCAUUCUUCUUCAAGAUCCUUUCACAUGUACAAUUAUUACUGGAGGAGAAGUUGAGAUGAUGGUUAUCGAAGAUGAGGAUAUUCUUGCAUUGGACCCAGUGACCAAGGAACUGAUGAUUCAAACAGCAAAACCAACUUUUGGCCAUCUUACGGAAGAGGAUGUAAAAAAUGAAUAUAUCCAAAAGGUACGAGAAAGAGAAUGGAAAUAUUUCAAGAAGAAGACAAUUAAAAGAACCUUGCAUUGUAAUGGAGUUCUACCUGGCUUUGGAAAAUGGGAUCACUACUGGCCAAGUAUUCCCAGGAAUCUCAAGGACACUCUUGUUACUUAUUAAAGAUACUGGCUUAUAAGAGCUGACACACCCAUCCUUUAUUCCUUUUUGUUUUAUUUAUUUUAAAAUUUUCACUUUGGUUUUAAGCAUUUAUACAUAAGUUAAAACUAUCAUCUGUCUAUUUUACCCCCUCCAACUGAUACUAAUAAUCUUUCUAGUUAUUUGGUUGUAUGUUAUAUCUAAAUAUGUUUUUUUGUGGUAACCAAAUUGUUUUCGAAUUUUUAUAGGUUUUUCUGUGUGAGAUACAAUACUAUAAAGAAAUAUAAAUGUUCUCUUCCACAGUAAUUAUUUGAAAGGGUUCCAUAAUUUAAAUAAAAUAGUUUCCUACAUGUAAAUCCUAAGUAGAGAUAUUUCAACAAAACACUGUUUUAUUCCAUUAUACCACAUAAAAAGUUAAAAAAAGUUGCCUAGGAAACACUGCAGUUUUUAUUAAAAUCUUAGAAUUACCCACAAAGCACAAAAUAUUCGCUUUGUGUGUAUGUAAUGAAAAUUUCUACAUAAUAUAGUUGCAUGAAAUAUAUUUAUUGAGUGAUACAAUUCUAAAAUAGCCUAGAGAGAGUAUAUGUUUUUCUCCAAGGACUGAUGCUCUGAAGUCCUGAGACCUUCAACAAAAGAUUCCACAUUGAGAAAAGCUAUGAGAUGUCCCAUUCCUUAUUAAAUCCUGUCAACCUGAAUGAAAACUGAAUUAAUUGUUGGUGGGAAAAUGACAAAAUCUCUUUUCAUUACUGUUCACUUUGUAUGAAAGGGAAAAUAUUUCUUUGAUCUCUGAAUAAUAGACCCUUAAUAUCUUGACAAUUCAUUAGAAACACAUAGAUUCCCACCCACGGAGACAGUGGGGCUGAUCUAUUGAGAGCUCACCAAGGCCAGCUGGACUGCGACUGAAAAAGCAUGGGAUAAAACCGGACUCUCUGAAUAUGGCGGACAAUGAGGACUGAUGAGAAGCCAAGGACAAUGCCACUGGGUUUUGAUCCU